AUGGAAUCUGGAAGUCUGAAAAUCCCUCUGCAAGAAGCAAGAAUCCCUUCUUCCUUCACUUCCGGUGUUCUCCUCAGCACCUCCGUCGCUGUCUGCGGAUCCUUCUGUUAUGGCUGCGCUAUGUCGUAUUCAUCGCCAGCUCAAUCCAAAAUCAUGGAAGAACUCGGACUUUCUGUGGCAGAUUAUUCGUUUUUCACUUCUGUAAUGACAUUGGGAGGGUUGAUUACGGCCGCGUUUAGUGGCAAACUCGCUGCGGUCAUUGGUCGUCGACGAACAAUGUGGAUCUCAGAUGUUUGCUGCAUCUUUGGUUGGCUCGCUGUAGCGUUUGCACAUGAUACUAUGCUGUUAAAUAUUGGAAGACUCUUCUUAGGAUUUGGGGUUGGUCUCAUUAGUUAUGUGGUUCCUGUGUAUAUAGCAGAAAUUACACCUAAAACAUUUCGCGGAGGAUUCACUUUUUCCAAUCAGCUUCUACAAUGUUUUGGGGUUUCGCUCAUCUUCUUUACCGGAAACUUUUUUCAUUGGCGAACACUAGCUAUUUUAAGUGCAAUCCCAUGUACUAUCCAAGUGAUAGGUUUAUUCUUUAUUCCCGAAUCUCCAAGAUGGCUGGCUAUGUAUGGUCAAGAUCGAGAACUUGAAGUUACUUUGAUGAGACUAAGGGGAGAAAGCAUUGACAUUCUCGAAGAAGCAGCUGACAUCAGAGAAACAGUGGAAAUAUCCAGAAGAGAAUCUCAAAGUGGAGUAAAAGAUUUGUUCCAUAUGAGAAACGCACAUCCAUUGGUCAUUGGAUUGGGACUAAUGCUUUUGCAACAAUUUUGUGGGAGCUCGGCAAUAACUGCUUAUGCUUCUAGUAUUUUCGACAAAGCAGGCUUUCCAAGCGACAUUGGAACGACCAUCCUCGCAACUGUCCUGGUACCACAAUCUAUAGUUGUCAUAUUAACCGUAGACCGAUGGGGACGCCGACCACUUCUUAUGAUAUCUGCUGUUGGUUUGUGCAUAUGCUCAUUUUUAAUUGGCCUCUCUUACUAUCUCCAGAAGCAUGGUGAACUUCAGCAGUUUUGUUCUGUUCUGUUAAUUGUCGGCAUAAUUGGCUAUAUCUCAUCCUUUUGCAUUGGUCUAGGUGGAUUACCAUGGGUAAUAAUGUCUGAGGUAUUUCCGGUGAAUGUGAAAAUUACUGCCGGAAGCCUUGUAACGGUAUCAAACUGGUUCUUUAGUUGGAUUAUCAUUUAUAGUUUCAAUUUCAUGAUGCAAUGGAGCGCUUCAGGAACAUAUUUCAUAUUUUCUGGAGUUUCUCUUGUAACGAUCAUAUUCGUAUGGAUGUUGGUGCCUGAGACAAAAGGUCGAACACUCGAAGAGAUUCAAACAUCACUAGUCCAACUUUCGUAA